AUGUCUGCUGAAGGAGUUAUGGCUUCCCAUCAGUUCACACAUUGGUAUGUGUGACUGAUGGGAGGGUCUUUCUGUCAGUCAAAAGCACAUCUGUUGGAGAGAGCCGUAGUGUUUUAAAAAAGCUUUUCAGGUGGAGCUGAUUUUGUUUGUGAGCUUCUUGUAAACAUUUUUGUUGCUAAUCGGAGCCAGAAGCCAAUGGAGAAUCAACCACACAAUCAACAUGGAGAGGCUCCUGGGACAGGAAGCAGAGCUGGUGUGUUAAACAUUAAUGAUUACGCAAGUAAGAAGAGUGCAGCGCAGAGCAUGCUGGAUGUGGCUCUGCUGAUGGCCAACUCCUCUCAGCUGAAGACGGUGCUUCAUUCUGGAGCUCAGCAGCGCUUCUACAAUCCUCUUAUUGCUCUCAUCUCAAUCUCCAUCUCACUGCAGCUGAUUGUUGGACUCCUGCUCAUCUUUAUUGUGAAGUCCGACCUCAAUGAUGUGAAGCAGCAGCCGAGGUUGAACACGAUGAACAACAUGGCCACAGUUUUUGUGUUCCUUACUGUGCUUAUCAAUAUCAUCAUCACAGCAUUGGGAUUUGAGUCUGGAGGAAACAGCAUAUGAUGCUGCACUUCCUUCACAUCACUCACAAGGACAGCUUAAGUGACUAUUUAGACACAAAUUGUAUUAUUGUACUUCUACAAAACAGCGACCGAAGAACUGCUGCCAUAA